GUUCACAUGUCUGACGCUAACCCGGAAGUAAAUAAGGGUCAGACCGCCCUGCACACUCCAUGCUUAGUUUACAAUACACUGUUGUCAUUUCAUAUAUGACAUGUUUCCUAGCCGAUUUUCCACUCUCGACCUUUUCAGAUCCAACGUUACGAAUAGCAACAUGUGUGACAGCCCAAUGCUGCGUUUUACAUGCAGAAAAGUCGAGGUUUAAGUCGUUGCAAGGAGUGAAUCAGCAUCACAUCAGCUCUGCAAGAUCGAAUGCAAACAGAGAUGUCGGGCUUCAGUGCAGAACUCAUCGACUACCUGGAGGGUAGGAUCACCUUUGAGGAGUUCGACAGAAGGAGAGAGGAGCGAGAAGCUGCGCAGCAACCAAGUGUCAAGCGUCUCGGGGAAGACGGCGAGGAAGAGGAUGUUCAGCCCAGUACCUCUGCUCAAGGCCUUGGGACCGCAGUGGAUGAGGGUGUGAGUCCAGUGGUCCAACAGGCCUUUGCUUCCAUGCUGGAAGAAAAGACACCCUCGACAGAUGACGACGACGACGAAGAACAGGAAGAGGAGGAGGAGGAAGAGGAGGAGGAGGAGGAAGAUGAGGAUACCUUGAGCUAUGUGGACGACACCAAUGACGCUGACUUCUCGAUUGACGUGAAGAAGGUGUUGGAGAAGGAGGAGAGCGCCAGGGGGAGAGGAGGAGGAGGACGACGGAAGAGGAAGAAGAAGAUGAAGAAAGAAGAUGGAGGAGGAGGAGGAGGAGGAGGAGAUGGAGGAGAUGGAGGAGGAGGAGAUGGGAGAGAGAGCCCUUCAGUAGGGGACAUCUUUGCCCUGGAGAUGGAGCUGAACCGGGAGAACAGCAAGAUGAUGAGGGAGCGCCGCCAUCGCAGUAAGCUGCCCCGAGCCCUCAGGGGCCUGAUGGGAGAAGCCAACAUCCGCUACGCCCGCGGAGAGAAGGACGACGCCAUCGUCAUGUGCAUGGAGAUCAUCAGACAAGCUCCGCUGGCGUACGAGCCCUUCUCCACGCUGGCCAUGAUCUACGAGGACGAUGGCGACGUGGAAAAGGCGCUGCAGUUCGGCCUGAUCGCCGCCCACCUGAACCCGUCCGACUGCGAGGAGUGGGUGAAGCUGGCCGACAUGUCCCUGGACCGGGACAACGUGCGCCAGGCCAUCAUUUGCUACAGCAAGGCCGUAAAGUACGACCCCACCAACGUGCGCUACCUCUGGGAGCGCUCGGGCCUCUACAUGCGCCUGGGCGAGCACAAGCAGUGCAUGGACGGCUACCGGCGCAUCCUCUCUCUGCUGCCCCGAGAGGAGGGCGAGCACUUCAUGACGCUCUCCAAGGACAUGGCCAAGAGCUACUUCGAGAGUGACGACCUGCCGUCGGCCCUGGGCGUGACGGAGGAGGCCCUGCUCCGUCACCCGGAGCUGGUCACCGACGACAUGAUCAACAUGGCCGCUGAGCUCUACCUGGCCGGGCACCAGCACAGCAAGGCCCUGCAGGUGCUGGUGAAGUUCUCUGGUAUCGUGUUGGUGAGGAAAGCCCCAGAUAAGACUGCAGAUCAGAUUCCAGAUCAGAUCCCAGAUAAGAUUUCAGAUCAGACGCCAGAUAAGAUCUCAGAUAAGACCUCAGAUAAGACCUCAGAUCAGAUCUCAGAUAAGACCUCAGAUCAGAUCCCAGAUAAGACCUCAGAUCAGAUCUCAGAUAAGACCUCAGAUCAGAUCCCAGAUAAGACCUCAGAUCAGAUCUCAGAUAAGACCUCAGAUCAGAUACCAGAUAAGACCUUAGAUCAGAUCCUAGAUAAGACCUCAAAUCAGAUCCCAGAUAAGACCUCAGAUCAGAUCUCAGAUAAGACCUCAGAUCAGAUCCCAGAUAAGACCUCAGAUCAGAUCCCAGAUAAGACCUCAGAUCAGAUCCCAGAUAAGACCUCAGAUCAGAUCUCAGAUAAGACCUCAGAUCAGAUCCCAGAUAAGACCUCAGAUCAGAUCUCAGAUAAGACCUCAGAUCAGAUCCCAGAUAAGACCUCAGAUCAGAUCCCAGAUAAGACCUUAGAUCAGACCUCAGACCAGACCCAAGUUCAGACGUCAACUCAGACCUCAGAUCAGAUCUCAGAUUCCGUCACCAAACUGGAACCAAACCAGAGGGAGAAGGAGGGAGAGACGGAGAGAACGGAGACGGGAGGCAACGGGGUGGAGGGCGAGGAGAGAGGGAAGGGGCAGGACAAGGAGGGGCUUAAAGACGGAGAGCAGCCGAUGGUGGUGGAGGAGGAAGGAGCAGAGGCUGCAGGGAAAGUGGAGGAGCUGGGUGAGAUCGUGGAGGUGGAGGUACCAGACAGUGUCCCGGUGGACAUCCGGGCCAAGCUGAUGGUCUGCCUCAUCCACCAGCACGUCUACACCCCCCUGGACGGCCUGCUGACGGAGAUGAUGGGCCAGAGCCCGGAGGAGGUGGGCGACCUCCACCUGGACGUGGCCGAGGCCUUCCUGGAGGAGGGGGAGUUCAGCUCCGCCCUGCAGCUGCUCUCCGCCCUCGUCACCUCCGUCAAGUACAACCUGGCCGUCGUCUGGCUACGUCACGCUGAGUGCCUGAAGGCGCUGGGGCACCUGGAGGCGGCGGCGGAGAGCUACGACCGCGUGGUGGAGAUGGCCCCGCAGCACCUGGGGGCCCGCCUCUCUCUCUCCACGCUGCAGCAGCAGCUCGGGCGCCCCGAGUCGGCCCUCAAGGCCCUGGAGCCCAUGUACGACCCCGAGACGCUGGCCCAGGACUCCUCCGCCACGCAGAAGGAGCUGAAGCUGCUGCUGCACCGCUCCACCCUGCUGAAGACCCAGGGCCAUCUGCAGGACUACAUAGACGCCGUCAUCACCAUGAUCUCCCUGCUGCUCAAGGUGGCGAUGACGCGGUCGUGCGUGUGCGUGCGCUCCGUGAUGGUGGCCGGGAAGCGCCACCGGAGGCUGGUGAAGGUCAAGGACAUGACCACGGAUGACGUCACCGACCAGGAGGCGGCCUACCAGGACAUCAGCGGGAAGACCAGCGUGCUGUCCCGGGAGGAGUGGUGGCUGCUGCUGGUGGACUGCGUGCACACCAUGUGCGAGGUGGGCCGCUACCAGGAGGCGGAGCUCAUGGUGGACUCGGCCAUGGAGUUCUACUCCUUCUACGAGAACAAGCCCAAGAGGAAGCAGCUCGAGUUCUUUGGCCUGUCUGCCGCCUUCCUGGACCACAACUACCGCAAGGCCUACGACUACAUCAGAAUCAUGCUUAUGGACACCUCAGACGCUGAAAGACCUCAGCUAUGGAACGUCUUCAACCAGGUGACGCUGAACUCACAGCACCAGCGUCACCACCGCUUCUGUCUGCGCCUGAUGCUGAAGAACCCCGACAACCACGCGCUGUGCGUCCUGUGUGGACACAACGCCAUGGUGUCGGGCAGCUUCAAGCACGCCCUGGGUUAA